CAACCGAAGCUAUAGUAUCUGAAGAGCGAGUACAACCGUCAAGAAAGCCCCAAAGCCCCAACGAAGCACAACACACAACGCAGCGUCGAAAAACACGAAAAACGUUCAGAAAAUUGCCGUGCAGCUGAAGCUGAACCAAAAACAAAAAAACAAAAAAAACAAAAAGAAGAAACAUUUGCACACACAAAUACAUACAGAUAGUCAGACUGCGGGAUAGAGAAGAGAGGGGUGCAGAGCAGAAUAAUAAUUAAAAGUAAAGCGAAUUGGAGCAGCGCAACCGGGGGAGGGGAGAAGCAAGACAAAGGCCGCACAGCGAUAGCAGCAGCAGAAGCAGCAGAAAGCAAAAGAAGCCAGAAUAUCGAAGGGGGAAAAAAGCGCGGAAAAGUGCACUUUACACAAAUUCAUACAUAUACACAUUUUUCCACGAGUGAAAGUUGGGCGCACACCGGCCACGCCCCCCGCCCCGCCUGGAAUGAACCGCUCCAACAGUUUUGUCAGCUCCCUGAAGUGGUGGCCCCUGCAGGGCCACAACAGCCAGGCGACACCAGCAGCGGCAGCUGCAUCAGCGCCACCCACCAGCAACGGUGGCUACUCCCAGUCGGCGCCCAGCUCCCCGAUCUCUAACUGGCCACCGGCGCUGCAGCAGCAGCCGAAGGCCGGUGGCGGUGUGGUGAGCGCCACCUUCGGCAGCAGCGUUGCCGUGCAAAAACUGCGCGAAUCCAAGUGGUUCAAGCCCGAGGAGCAGCGCAUCUUCUGCGCCGUCGUCGAGUGUGGCUUCAUUGUGGAGGUGCGCAGCAGCGCGGCUGCAGAGGCAGCGGCUGCGGCGGCCGCCGCCGCAGCGGCCGCAGCUGCCAGCGAUAUCGAUUCCCUGGACAUGGACUGUCCGCCCCUUGGCUUGGGCCUGGCCCCAGGUCUGAUGAUACCCCGCAAUGGCAGCAGCAGCAUCAGUUUCCUGGAGACACAAGACGAAAACGAGACGCCAGUGGCGUCCUGGUACGGCAUUGUCCUAUGCAAAGUGGCCAAAGAUAAUAAACCGAAGCCCGAUUCCAUUGAGAUAUUUUCUGUGAAAAUACGUGAGAAUGGUACCUACAAACUGAUCAAGAUGUCACUGGCCGAUAUCUGGAAUCAUGGAUGGGAGUUGAGGAUCAACAACUUUGCCGACAAGGAGAAGAUGCCCCAUAUCGAGAAGGAUAUACGCAAUCAGUUCCAAGUUUCACUUUCGCAAUCGAAUUGGGACUCCCCGAAGUACAAUGCUACCAAAAAAAAGAGCUCGAGAGAUUUCAAUAUCGCUGGCGCGCAAGGCCAAACAGAGUCUGUGGAACAACAACAAGCAUUUUGUGUACUGGUGCCGGUACGGUAGCCGCCAGCAGGAUGUCCGAAAGCGACAGGUAACGACGAGUGCUAAUCACGUGCUGCUCCAUCUGAUUAACUGAUAAACGGAGCAAGCAGCGGAGGCCAUCUCCCACACACACACACACACACAUAGAGAGAGAGAGAGAGAGAGGGAAAACACACAUACAUACACACACGCAAAAGCAAAGAAAAAAAAGAAACCGAAACACAACAUUUACCCACCCAAAAUCCUGCCUACCACCACCCUCCACCCCCCACCCCCAUAUGCAUUGAUUGUAGUUGCAACAGAGGAAAAAAACACACACACACGACACACACACAAGAACAGGACUGACAGAAACAACACACGGCAUGACAGAAGAGAGAGAACCGAUAACCGUUAAAAAAAAAAACUCGAAAAUCGAAAAUCUUAAGAAUCAUCCCUGCUAACUCAUUUGAUGCUUUUGGAAUCGGGCCACAAAUUUUACCGAAAUAUUGUACUAUAUCUUUCAAAGUAGAGAACCCUCCUCGAUCGCUCUAACACACGCUCCACGCUCCACGCUAUUCCCCCCACCACAUCCAACCUCCGUCCUU